AGAUAACCACUUUUGGUCCUAGCAAAAUGUCAGUUGAAUAAGGUUCAAAAAUGCGAAAAUAAUGUGAAUACGGUCUUGUUGAUUUCCAAUUAUUAGGGUGAAUUCGAAUAUUCAACAAUGCACAAGACGGCGAGCGGCGAAGGCAGCGGAACUAACAAGGUGCCGGUCCUAUUACAGAAUCUCUGCAAUUACUUCUCAAAACAAGAUCAAGAAUUAUCCAGCAAAUUGUACAAGUUAUCAAUAAGCUAUCUAUCAACAUCUAGUCAGAACAAUUUGAACAAUGAGUGCGAUGCACAGUAUGUGGUUUCACAGAUUCGCAAGCAGAUCCAAAGCACACAAUCGAGUGAGCAAAUUGGAAGGUUUGAUCAUCUUUAUGGAAAACUGCAGAAAUCUACAGUGCUUAAACACCAGUCACAGGUACUUAUUUUCCUUCUCAGUUUAAGUACGGGAAGCACUGAAACCAAAGUGAAUCAAUGGUCUCUUUUACAAGAUAUUCCAGAGCAGACCACACUUUCUGUAUCUAAAUCACAGAUGAGUUUCUUGCCAGAUGAUCCUAAAGUUGGAGUGAAAAAACUUUACCAAGCCUCAUCAUUAGUUAAGAAUGUAUCUGCUCUAUUCAAUAGGACUCAACUCUCAUCAACUGGCUGGACUGGAAGUGAGCAGGAUUUGUUGAAAACAAGUACCUCAUCUUCAAGACAAACUUUAAUGACUGGUGUAACUGAAUCUCAAUUAAUCCAAGAGGUUAUAUACUCAUUUCAAGGAAUCGAAGGGCGCGUUAUUAGGAAAGAGUUGGAUGGUCUGGGCUUUACAAUAGAUGCGAAAUUGGGAAAGUCGUUAACUCCUAUUCAGAAGGGACUCAUUGAGCGACUUGUUGGCGUUGGUUUCUUGCACAAUCAGUUGAAAUUGCAUUGCGAUGAAUCUGAUAAACAGAUCGGUUUAAUCGGACAAUCCUUAAUUGCGAUUUUACGUGACGAACUCACAAAUUACUACCAAUUAAUCGCUUCGCUGCAAGCUCAAUCGAAUAAGCAGGAGCUGACGCUGAGAAGAAUGGUUGUAUGGGUCGCCGAACCUCAGCUGCAUCUGCAAUGGUUAGCGUACAUCGCAGAGCAAUGCAGCGACAAAAAGGGUGGAGCUUUAAUAUCUGCUGUUCACGGUUUUCUACAGCAUGGAUCGACUUGCGUACAAAAGCUGGCUGAAAAGGUGCUAACUGCAGUGUGUCGUCCUUUGUGCCUUAUGCUAUCAAAGUGGUUGCUUGAUGGGGAACUUAAUGAUCCUUGUGCAGAAUUCUUCAUUGAAGCUAGAAGUAUCAACACCGAUGAACGUCUGUGGCAUGACAAAUAUUUAGUUAGAAAAGCAAUGAUCCCAUCAUUUAUAAGUUUGGAUCAAGCCACCAAAAUACUAGCAACUGGUAAAUCCAUCAACUUCCUGAGACAAGUGUGCAAAGACAAUGAGGAAAUGCCUGGUAGAGACGCUUUACACAAAUUGUUCACAAAUACUUUCGCAAAGGCACUUUUCGCGCCGGAACAAAGCAUAGAAUUGCAUACCGCUUUAGAACGCGUUUACCGUGAAACAUCCCAAAGAGUUUUAGAUUUGUUGAAGGAUAAUUACCGGCUUUUAGAGCAUUUGCAAUCCAUGAGGCGUUACUUAUUGCUUGGUCAAGGGGAUUUCAUACGACAUCUGAUGGAAUUACUAGUUCCAGAAUUGUCGCAACCGGCGGCAAACCUCUAUUUGCAUACUCUAUCUGCUAUUCUGGAAACGGCUAUUCGCGUCACGAACGCUCAGUACGAAGAUGAGGAUACUCUGCAGAGGCUUAAUGUGAAUUUACUGAGCAUGGCAAAGGAUGAUAGCGGUUGGGACGUAUUCAUCUUGGGAUACCAUGCAAAUGGACCAGUUGGUACAAUUUUGCAACCAACUAAUUCCAUAUACAAGUGCCUUUUUGGUGGUCUGUGGAAAGUCAAACGUAUGGAGUUUGUAUUAUCGAAUAUGCGGAAGCAGCAGAUUACGAGUAACAAACUAUAUAGAAAUAUUAAAGAAAUGAAGCCAGUGACUCAUGCAAUCCACAUAUUGGCUAGUGAAAUGAUCCACUUCCUCCACCAAACCCAAUACUACUUCCUAUUCGAGGUUCUCGAAUGUUCGUGGGCGGAGAUGGUUAAACAGGUGAACCAAGCCGGUUCAUUGGAUGACGUGAUCACCGCCCAUAACACGUUUCUAAGUUCCGUCCAAUCCGGUGUGUUGCUAGAUUUAAAUUCUGCGAAUUUUAGGCUAGUGCUGGGCUUAAUUUUUAAUCAAAUCCUAAGCUUGGAGAGCUUGCAAGAAACUUUGUACAUGACUGCAUCGAAAGCUAAAGAGCAGCAUGAAGCCUACAAGAAAAUCUGUUGUUCCAAGGAUGGUUUCGGUGUAACCAAGGAGGAAGAGCAACAGUACAAGAAACAAUUGUUAAACUUCCAUCACUUCCUAUCAUCAACCCGGUCUCAAGUAAUCCACUGGUCGACGAUGUUCAGAGAGAACGUCGUCAAGUUCAUCAAACUGCUUGCCGCAAGUUCGAACAUGAACCUGCAACUCCUCAGCACCAGGCUGAACUUCAACGGAUACUACACGAUUGCAUGACACGAAAGUGAAACUCGUGUACAUGCAAGUAGCAGCGUAAAACCUCCGGACACUGUUAAUCUACAAGAAGCAUUGAGUAAUUACACGAGCUACGGCAGUUUGAGCUCGCUAAUCCCGAAACCGAAAAAGAAGAAAAAUCGCGACAAAGUCAUUUGAUGUUGUGUAGGAUGAGGGAUUUUAAUUUAAUCUUAAAUUCAAUUCAAUAACACACCCUCAUCCUUUUGGUGCCAUUUAUCGUAAUUAUUAAUUACAAUUACCUUGCCUUCUGUUUAAAAAAAAAAUACAUACAUGCGCUAGG